AAAGAUGAGAGCGACAGAUUGCAUUUCGCGAAGUCCGCACGGAUGCUGGAAAUGCUUACAAUUUGGCAUGAACUUAUACCGAGGAAUUUCAAAGGGGAAUGGCAAACUCUCGAGUUUAAGUAAUAGAGGUUUAACCCUCUAUGGCUAUGACGAGGGAUUUACCUCGAUCCUCAACUCAAGCGGCGUUCACAACAUCACCACACGAACUACUAACACAGACCAUUCGCGGCAACUUGCUCAUCUCACGUUUGAGAAAUUACUGACUUAUCUUCAUUAUAAUCUCACCACGAUUAUAGUAUUUACGUCAUAA